UUCCCGUCUCGCACAACCCCUUCUCCAUCAGGCUCGUUACAGAAGCCGAAUCUUGAGCUCAGACGCCGCCUCCGUCUUCCAUUGUCUUGUACAGGGUCAAGGCCCAAAACUACCUCUAUCGUUCUCGUCCCCGCCAACCCACCCAGCGCUCCGCCGUCGGUUUUACGUCCUGUCUUCGGCCGCUAUUUCAAAGCCAACUUGUCCUUUUCACCGACAACUUCCCCAAAGCCCCCAAACCGCAACCCGUGCCGACGUUCUUGAGCCAGCUCCGUCCCUCUUGUCCACCCGCAGUAGCAGAGCCUCCUUUGCUCCUCCUCCGAACAAUACACGACACUUCCCUGUCCGCAGAUACUCUCAAGUCACCAAAAUGACUGUCAACAACUUCACCAAGAAACACAAAGUUACCGUCAUCGGCUCCGGUAACUGGGGCACCACAGUGGCCAAGCUCGUUGCCGAGAACUGCGCAGAGCACCCCGAUACGUUCGAGAAGGAUGUUCAGAUGUGGGUUUACGAGGAGAACGUCACUCUCCCCAAGGACUCCAAGCACUUUGAUGCCUCGAUCGGCGAGCAACCGCAGAAGCUCACCCACAUCCUCAACACAUAUCAUGAGAACGUCAAAUACCUCCCCGGCAUCCCGUUGCCCCACAACCUUGUCGCCAACCCUUCGCUGGUAGACGCCGUCAAGGACUCGAGCAUCCUUAUCUUCAACCUUCCCCAUGAGUUCAUUGGCAACAUCUGCAGACAGAUCAAGGACCACAUUGCGCCCUAUGCUCGCGGCAUCAGCUGCAUCAAGGGUGUCUCUGUCACCGACGACAAGAUCGAGCUUAUUUGCAACUACGUUAGCGACGCUCUCAACAUCUACUGUGGUGCCCUCAGCGGUGCCAACAUUGCCAGCGAGAUUGCCAACGAGCAGUGGUGCGAGACCACUAUUGCCUACAACACCCCCUUGGUUGACAGGCGCGACGAGAACGGCAAGCCGGUCGUCACCGGCGAGUCCAAUGACCACACCAAGCAGCUCACGCCGUUGCCGCUCGACUACCCUCCUCUGGAUCACAAUGAGUGGUCGCUGCUCUUCAGCCGCCCCUACUUCACUGUCUCCAUGGUGUCAGACAUUGUCGGUGUCUCGCUGGCUGGUGCGCUCAAGAACAUUGUCGCCAUUGCUUGCGGCUAUGUCGAGGGACACGGCUGGAACAUGACUGCUAAGACCGCCGUCAUGCGCCGCGGCAUGCAGGAGAUUAUUCGUUUCGCUAACGAGUUCUUCCCCGGCCAGAUUGAGCCCAGGACCUUCUGGGAGGAAAGUGCCGGCUGGGGUGACAUGAUCGUGAGCUGCACUUCCGCCCGCAACUGGAGGUGCUCCAAGUUGGCCGUGGAGCGCAACCUGCCCAUUGAGGAGGUUGAGAAGACGGAGCUUAACGGACAGAAGCUGCAGGGUAUCUCCACUACCCGCGAGGUCAGCAGCUUCCUCCGUGCUAAGGGCGCCGAGGAGCGUUACCCCGUCUUCAUGGCUGUUGAACGCAUCAUCGACCAGGAGAUCAAGGUGGAGGAGAUUCCCAAGCUUUUCAAGUAAAAGAGACAUGGGGAAAAAAAUGCAAAUAUCGGUUCGGGUUGCGAUCAUGGGGCGUUUUACGGCGGUUUAGGUACUUUGGGGUUUUUAAAGUGCAUCGAGCCUGUUGUCAGGGGAGUUCCAUUGUUCCAGGUGUGGGGAACGGCAUUUGAGUUCAUCGUGUAUACGGGGUCAGUUUUAUGCGUACCAUAGCGUGCCGGAUACCAUUGAGGAACACAAAAUCAUUCACACAUAUAAGGAGGGGGUGCUUCCUCGCGGGAUGGUGCAGCCUAAUUCGGUAUGUGUACGGUGUCUUUAGCUUAGGGCGUAAUGGAACCUUUUUCCUGUAUUACAUACCAUGUCGAUAUAGUAUCCAGGUAAACUGUGCAGAGUGCAACGGCCCUUAAAUAAGCCUAUAACGCCAUGCAAUCAAACCAGGACCUUCUCCCGGAUCUCUCAUUCAGAAUCCUCCACAAGAUUAUCCAACAAACACCUCUUCUCCUCAUCAUCAACUACCAUCUCACUUCUUCGUCUACUCAACCAAGACCCCGAUCUCUUUCUGCCAUUCACCCACCCCUUUUUCUCCUCUCCACCCUUACCAUCAUCACUAUCAUCCCCAUCACCCUCAUGAACCGUCCUCUCCCCCUCUCCAAAAACCGGCUUGAAUACAAAAUCAUAGCUCCCCCAAACGAGAUGCAUCAUCACGCUCAUCAUCCCCGCAACCCAUCCCGGAACCUUGCCCUUAUCGUCAGCAACCCAUUUC